GUUCUUCCUUGAACAAAGUUGCAUAUAAGAGUUCGGACAUUAUGCGAUUGCGUUGUCCUACACAUUUCCCAUGAUCUUGAGGUUUUCCCCUUCACUGUUGCGGUGAUAAUCAUGGCUGAGGUCGAUAUCGCUCCCAACUUUGGGGUGGAGCUGAAGGAUGGUUUCAAACCGGUCAAUUCUUGGGUUCUGAGUGGGAUUACAUGGCUGGACGACAUACAGCAAUUUUACCGCGAACGAAGUGCUAUUGAGAAAGAAUACAGUGCAAAGCUCAAUGGUCUGGCAAAGAAAUACUACGAAAAGAAGGCCAAGAAGUCAAGCAGUCUGAGUGUAGGAGAUACACCUGCUAUGACACCUGGAUCAUUAGAGAGUGCUUCCCUUACCACAUGGACGACACAACUCACCACUCUCGAGUCUCGAGCGGCGGAACACGAUCGAUAUGGAAACGAAUGCAUCACUCAUUUGGCAGAUCCUCUAAAAGCUUUGGCGACUCGAUAUGAAGAACUCCGGAAGCGCCAUGCGGAAUACGCGGAUAAACUGGAAAAGGAAAGAGAUUCGAGCUAUGGAGAUCUGCGAAAGAUGAAGGGCAAAUACGAUGCGUCUUGCCAGGAAGUUGAGAAUAAGCGGAAAAAAUCCGAAUCGGCCUUCGAUUAUUCGAAGUCAAAAGCUCAAAAUGCCUACCAACAACAAGUUCUAGACAUGCAUAAUGUCAAGAACAGCUACCUAAUCGCGAUCAAUGUGACGAACAAGCAGAAGGAAAGAUAUUAUCACGAAUACGUUCCUGAUCUGUUGGACAGCUUGCAGGAUCUUUCGGAAUCUCGGACAAUCAAGCUCAAUGGCAUUUGGUCUUUGGCAGCACAGCUUGAGAACGGAAUGCUAACACGCAGUACCGAGUUUGUCAACCACCUCUCUCAAGAGAUACCACGAAAUCAGCCACAGUUGGACUCGAUGAUGUUUGUUAGGCAUAAUGUUGGUCCAUGGCAGGAACCAGCAAAUAAAGUCUUCGAGCCGAGUCCUGUAUGGCAUGAUGAUGAUCUUAUGGUUGUGGAUGAGACGGCAAAAGUCUUUCUACGAAACGUCCUUGGAAAGUCGAAAGCACAAUUGGGAGAUCUCAGAAGAGAGGUCGACAAGAAGCGGCGAGAAGUCGAGGGAGCUAAGCGAAUAAAGGAACAAAUUAGAGAGGGAAAGGACAAGAGAGACGAAGUGGAGUUGGUCAGAGCCAUUUUCGGAUUACAAGAGGAGCUACAUCAGGUAGACCAUAAACGAUUGACGGCUGAGGUUGAGACAUCGACAAUCACGGAAGCAGUUGGAGAUGUCACUUUGGGGGCGAAGAGUCAUAACUUCAAAUCACAAACGUUCAAAAUACCAACAAAUUGCGAUUUGUGUGGAGAAAGAAUCUGGGGUCUUUCUGCGAAAGGUUUCGAUUGCAGAGAUUGUGGUUACACAUGCCACAGCAAAUGCGAGAUGAAAGUUCCAGCUACUUGCCCUGGAGAACAGACCAAGGAAGAGAAGAAGACAUUGAAAGCCGAACGACAAGCAGCAGCCAAUUCGCUUAAGAGUCCAACUUCCACCUCUGGAGAUAGUAUUGCUGAGCUACCAACUAUGAGUCGCUCAAAUACAAUGAAUUCGUUGAGCUCAGGAUAUGCUGCCAGCGCACAUAGGUCUGUCUCUGGAAGUGGUCCUCGAUCACCAGCGGAAGAGACACCUCCCGAGAGGGCGAACUCUGUAAAGCCGAAUAUCAGUGCACCGAAUACACUGCGAAAGAACCGAGUCGUAGCACCUCCACCUUCGGCCUACAUAAGCGAACUCCCCGGUAGUGCUGUCACUACCAAUGGGUCAUCAGGUGGUUCCAAUGAGCAGAAGGGCAAAAUGCUUUACUCAUAUGAUGCGAAUGGUGAUGGGGAGUUGACAGUGUCUGAAGGCAAAGAAGUGGCCAUCCUCGAGCCAGAUGACGGAGGAUGGCUCAAAGUGAAAUCUGGCUUCAAAGAAGGACUCGUCCCAACAGCUUACGUCGAGAUCCUCGCCUCGGCUCCCCGCCCCUCAUCCAUCUACUCCAACUCAGGCUCGUCCAUGAACAGCAGCGUAACAACCAAGAAGCAAGGCCCAGCCGUAGCUCCCAAGCGUGGAGCCAAGAAACUCAAAUACGUAGAGGCUUUGUAUGAGUACACAGCUCAAAGUGACGCAGAACACAGCAUGGCCGAAGGAGAGCGAUUCGUGCUGAUUAAAGAAGACCCAGGGGAUGGCUGGGCGGAAGUCGAAAAGGGAGGCGUGACGAAGAGUGUCCCGGCCAAUUACGUGCAGGCUGCAUAGAAAAGAGAAAUGACCGAAAAGGACGAAGGAUGGCAAAAUGGGAGGGAGCAUGUAUAGGCGUUCAUUGGAUUUGGCAUUCGUAGCGCAGGGGGAUAUUCUUAGGUGGAGGGGUUCCUGGUUGUGGAGCUUUUUGUAGUGAGAGUGGCAAGUGUAGAUUCUGUAGGAAGCGAAUUUACUGAGUUACAAGAUGGUCUUUUUCCAUGCAACGUUCUUGGAGAUUGUGUUAGGUGUGUUCAGACAGUUAUGAGGUCUUGUUGCAUGUCCCGAUUCCCAAGUCAGCAACGGACACUAUGC